UGAUCGAUGAACACUUUUAAAGAAGUGAGGGCUGAUUCAGCGAACUUUCUUUCCACACUCAAACCUUCUCAAAGUCUCAUCAAUUCAAAACUAUGAGAGCUUCUCUCAUCCGAACCGGCUCCGUGCCGGUCCAGAACACGCUCCUCCCCGCUUCACCGCGAGUCUCACUCACGCGCCAAGCCUCCUUCGCCGCCGCCGACAAGAGUCUCGCUCAUUCUCCCAGGCUUUCCAUGCAUUCUUCCCACUCCAACCCCCGCAGAUUCUCGUCGGAGCGCGACGGCGAGAAUUUCGGCGUUCGCCGGGAUCUGAACCGAACCGGAUCGCGCUCGUUCCCGCCGAUCGUGCCUCACGAAGAGGAAUUCCUCUCCGACGCCGCUCCGCGCAAGCUCGGAAUCCGGCCGGAGGAUCUACGAUUCGGAGGUGGAGACGGCGGCGAUAACGGUGGAACAUGUCUCACCGGCGGAAACGGCCGCGAAUGGAUGAAAAUCGGCGCGUACUACGAGGAAAUGUUGAGGUCAAAUCCGACGGACGCGCUUCUGCUGAGAAACUACGGCAAAUUUCUUCACGAGGUGGAGAAAGACACGGCGAGAGCAGAGGAAUAUUACGGAAGAGCGAUUCUCGCGAACCCUGGCGAUGGCGAAUUGCUUUCUCUCUACGGAACGCUUAUUUGGGAAACGCAGAGGGACGAAGACAGAGCCAAAUCUUACUUUGACCAAGCCAUUCACGCCGCUCCUAAUGAUUGUACGGUUCUGGGAUCGUAUGCGCACUUCAUGUGGGAAGCGGAGGAGGAAGAAGAAGUUGUUAACGGAGGAGUGACGGAGAUAACGGCGACGGAGAUGAUCGCUGCUUUUUAAUUAAUGUAGUUAACUUAUUAGGGGGUUCAAGAAUAUGCCACAUGCGUGUUAUAUUUCUAAUUGGCGUUACACGAAUGAAAAGUAACUCAUAUACAUUUUUUAGACAAUUUUAUUUUUCAUUAGUUUAUUUUUUUAACAAAUAUUUCACUA